UUUCAGCCCAGCCCAUUUCUAACAUGGCGUCUGUAAACAAAAAAAGGAAAGUUGACCGCGAGGGCCGCCGCUUCCAGGACAAGUGGAAAUUUGAGUAUUUUUUCACUGAAAUACGAAACAACUGUGUCUGCCUAAUUUGCCAAGAGACUGUGGCUGUUUUCAAGGAAUUCAACAUCAAGAGGCACUACCAGACGAAACAUGCUAGCUACGACAAGCUAACUGGGAACAAACGCGGUGAAAAAGUGAGAAAGUGAAGCAACUGGAAGCUGUUUUAACGGCACAGCAAAGCUUUUUCACAAGAGUCCGUGAGUCAAAUGAAAAUGCCACAAAGGCAAGCUACGAAGUGGCAACGCUGAUUGCAAAGCACUGCAAACCUUUCACUGAGGGUGAAUUUAUCAAAGACUGUGUAAUGAAAAUGGUUGAGAAAAUUUGUCCCGCGAAGAAGCAAGAGUUUGCCAAUAUUUGCCUGGCUCGUAAUACUGUGGUACGGAGAAUUGAAGACGUUUCAUUAGAUAUUAAGAGACAGUUAGAGGCAAAAGGAACUGAGUUUGACUUUUUCUCGUUAGCGUGCGAUGAAAGCACGGAUGCGUCCGACACCGCUCAGUUACUGAUCUUUUUAAGAGGAGUGGACAAUGACAUGAACAUGACAUGAAACUACAGUGGAAUAAAGUCACCGGGAUUAUUACGGACGGCGCACCUGCCAUGGCUGGCGAGCGGAGUGGAUUAUCAAGCCUUGUCUGUAACAAAGUCAGCGAAGAAGGAGGCAGCGCUAUUAAACUCCACUGUAUUAUUCAUCAAGAAGUUCUCUGUGCCAAAUAUAUGAACUAUGAUAAUGUUAUGAAACCGGUGAUAAAGACUAUUAAUUAUAUUCGCUCCAAAGCGCUGUGCCACUGCCAGUUUCAACAGUUUCUUCUCGACAUCCAGGCUGAAUACGGAGAUGUUUUGUAUCACACCGACGUAAGGUGGCUCAGUCGGGGGUCUGCGCUGCAGCGCUUCUUCUCUCUCAGGGAGGAAAUUGGACAAUUCUUGACUAAAAAGGGACAACCCAUGCCACAAUUAAAUGAUCCUGUUUGGCUGGCUGAUUUGGGAUUUUUAGUUGACAUAACGCGACAUCUGAAUGCGCUGAACACAAGCCUUCAAGGGCAAAAUGCAGUGGUAAGCCAACUGUAUUCACACAUCAAAGCCUUUCGGACCAAGCUGCUACUUUUCCAAAGACACCUGUCACAGGCGCAGCCCAAUACCGCACAUUUCCCGUCGCUGCAGGAAAUUGUGACCAGUUUCCCACAGAUCAAUAUCAGCGCGCAAAUGACAAAGUAUGCAGCAGACAUCUCAUCUCUGGUUGAGGAGUUUCAGCAGCGCUUUCGGGACUUUGCAGCUAUUGAAAAGGAGAUCACGCUUUUUUCCUCUCCUUUCUCCGUGGACCCUGAUGACGCUCCAGACCACCUGCAACUGGAGCUCAUUGAGCUGCAGUGUGACGCCGAGCAUCGCAGUCGGCACCAACAGCUCCCUCUUGUCAACUUCUACCGCCAGCUGGAUGAAGGCAGGUUCCAAGCAAUUCGGACAUUUGCUAAGAAAAUGCUGAGCUUGUUUGGCUCCACAUACAUGUGCGAGAAGACAUUCUCCGUUAUGAACAUUAACAAGAGCCGCAUGAGGACGAGACUGAGUGACUCUCACCUACGUGACGUCUUGCGCAUCAAAACCACUGCUCUUGAGCCAGACAUGGGACUACAUACUGCAGUCAAGAUCCCAGUAUCACCCUUCACAUUAGUGCAGGCAAGACCUUUGUUAAGUCCUCUGAGUUGAAUAAAUUCUUAAAUCUCAGUUAAUUAAUUUUUUUGUGAUGGUCAAAAUCACAGUUUGAAUAUGCAGUGAUCAUUGUUUUGUUUUCAGCACUUUUCCUACAGUGAGCAUAUAAUAGUGAAUAAUAUGUAAUGUUUCACAUGAACUUAGAUAUCCUUUAUAGUUUUCUUAAUUUUUUGUGGUUUGUGAUUUCGGUAAAAACCUAAAUGUAAAAGUAAAAGU